AAAAUGGACUUUGGUGAAAACCUUUUCGAAGAUCUUGCAACUGACAGAAAAGAGAAACACACACAAUAUCCUUAUUCAGUUCGGCGACAAGACAUGUUUUGGUUUUUGUCAGAUGAUAACAGCAAUUGUGCAGACACCACCAGAGUUAUAGAACAAAUGAAAUAUAAAGCAGAUUAUCUCUAUGCUCAGAUGAGAUAUGCUGAAGCAGUGAAAAGUUAUGAAAAGCUUUUAAGGUUAAUUCCACCAUCAAAUACAAUAUUGACCCAGGAAGUUUGUGAAUCUAAAGUUAUGUGUUUUAUGAGGAUAGAGAAAACUGAUAAAGCCGAAGAAUGCUUAGACGAAAUGAUAAUUGCUGAUAAGAUGAAUGCAUCUCUAUGGCACUUGAUGUUCAUAAUGCACAGAGAUAAAGGGAACUUGGAAGAAGCAACAUAUGCCAUACAGCAGUGUAUCAAAGAAAAUGAAGAGGUUUCCUCACUGUGGGUUGAUUUAGCUGAAACAUACAUACUGUCCUCAAUCUGCUUUAAGUGGCCCAGUGAACUUACUACUGCAAGGUGUGGGAAGCACAAUAAUGCAUACUAUGAAAAGAUAUACCAAAGGUUAAUAUGCAAAUCAAAUUUAAAUUAUACUGAAAAAACAGCUGUAAAAGGAAAAGAGUUAUUAGACCAUGGUGACCAUGAAUUGUUGAAAAACUUACAAGACUGUACAGUGGAUGGAUUUAAAAAUCCAGGUCAUUGGACUGAAAAGGGAAAAACAUUUGAAGAAAGUGAAGAGCUUGUGGCCAAAAAUGCGUUUCAGGGCAUUGCAGAGAAUGAGGCACCGCAAGAUGAUAUUAUUUCUGGGCUGCUAGAUUGUUCAAUUGAAGAUUUAAAUGUGACUGAAUUGGAUACUGCUGUAAAUGAAAACAGCUUGUACAUAGAAAACAAAGAAUUGAGAGACUUUGUGAAAAACCAUCAUAACUGCUAUUGUGCUUUAAGUUCUUUCCUCAUAUCAAGAUUUUUACUGCGUAAAUACUCCGCCCGCUCUCAAUUAACAAAACAAGAAACUCGACAUGAAAAGAUCGUCAAAAUAAACUUUAUGAUCAAUAAUAUAACUUGCGCAACUGAUGAAAUAGUUCAUGAAGUUAGAAAGUUACUUAAAGUAAAAUUCACUGAAAGAACCAAACCAUCGCAUUCACCCAAAGAAUCCGGAAGUAUGGCUGAAAAAGUACAACAAUUUAACAAGCAUUGGUUUCCACUAAUUGAGUGAAGGUGCUAUCGAAAGCAUUCGUACUCAGAAGUCAGAACGAUUCGAAUGUUUACUGUUUGGAAUCUGUAUCUUUUUGUAAAUUAAUAUUUUAACAAUAAUAUUAAAUAACAAUAAUAAACUUUAAUAGAUAUUUUCUUCUCUUCCUCCGCAAUACAUCAGCAUUCAAUGAUGAAAAAUAGAAUGCACACAUAUUUCUCAGUCUUCAGCGCAACUAUACAGGGUGUCUCGAAAAAAGCGGACGCUAGUACUACAAUUAGUGCUCCAGAACGUCCCUGAAAAUGGACGCUGUUGAAAUCACUUAUUGUUUGAACUUUGAAUGGCCUGAACCCAAUAAACCGAUUGUUUCAGCGUUUCGCACUGCAGUUGUUUAGCGUAUAUAAUUUAUAACAACAAAAACUCGUUCUUCUGUGGUCAGUUGAACCAAUUUCUUCCGAACUGGUCAUAGGAUUAAUUUGUAAUUUUAUCAUUUUCGCAAAGUUAUUUUUUAUCAUUCACAAGCUACUUUAAAUUCCCAAAGGCCUUAAUUCGUUAUUCGUGCGCUUUACACGUAAAUUUCAACGCCUUAAUGAGUCGUUUUACGCAUCUUUGCGUUCAGGCUUGGUGCUAGGCAGCGUCCAUUUUCAGAGACACUCUGGAAUAAUAAUAAUAAUAAUAAUUUAUUACUUAUAUAUCAGGGUGAAUUCAACAGCGUCCGCUUUUUCCGAGAUACCCUGUAUAAUAGUCCACUAUGUUAACUAUCAAUUCAAGCCCCGUUUACUCUACCGACUAAAUUUAUCGGUACGACACGGCUAAAAUUUUUUGUAUUGCUGGCUUGAACACUAAUGAAAUUGGCCACGGGUACCAAUUUUAGCCGUGCCGAUAAAUUGAUUGCGCUUCAAAUAACUUACUCAUACACAAAAACUUUUUAUUUGUGUGUCAACUUUUUCCUAGUAUAUUUUCCUUUAAACUUGAACAAGAGAGUUACCAUAUGAGAGUUACGAGACUCUAGUUAGUGACGUAGACUGAUGACGUAUAGCAUCAUUACGUAUCAGUCACACUUAUAUAUUAUGACAGUGCCGCAUUAACCAUUGGGCCCGAUCCCAGGGGCCCAAGUAUUUGGGGGCCUAAAAUGUUGAGUUAGACCAUAGUAAUUAGUAAAUAAAAUUAUAAAAAGUCACAACACAAUUGUCACAUGUCAACACAAUUGCUAUCCAGGUUUUUCAGGCUACAUUAUUUAACAACUAUUCGUCGAAGGCGAGGUGAAUAGCGAUAUUCACCGAGCCUGAGGUGAAUAAUUGUUUUAGUAUAAUUGCAAGGAAGCGAAUCUGUUGUUGGAAAUAAAUGUUUUACAAAUGUAAAGAAAUAUCUGGACAGUUUUACAGCGUCCAAAUAAAACAAUGUUUAGUGAACAUGUGAAGACGGUGAAUAUUAGUUAAUCACACCAACCUACUGUAUUUUGAAGACCUUGCUGACUUGUAAUCAGGAACAAUUAAAACAAAUGCAGUACUUCAAAUUAAAAUUGUUAUUGUGCGUGAGGUGCAUUAACAUUUUGCACUUCUUAAAGUUGUGCCUUGAAUUCAAUAAAUGCCAGUAAUGAUUAAUCUUGUUUUCUCAGCCUGAUAAACUAUUUUUAGUCUUUUAGUAGUCUUUUAGAUCGUAUUAAAUCAUCCAACUUCAGCUUGAUGUGUUGCCUGCACACUACCCUGCGAAAAAUCAAAUGACAUGGCAUGCACACCUGACAGACUAGGGGGGGACACAUAGUUACCAAGUGCCCGGGGGUCCAAAAAAAAGGUUAAUGCGGCACUGAUAUUAUGUAGAUUUUAAUAAGAGCUGUGAGUUUAUUUAUUGAAACGUGUUGCUUCAAUGGCGGGGUAUUCUAUAAUUAUAAAAAAUGAAGCUAUUUUUUGGUCCUCGGGGCAAUACAGUGCCACGCAAAGCCCCCCCCCCCACUCUGAACGCUAAUUUCAUUUUUAUUCUCCCGUUGCGGCCCUGCUGGCGGGGUUAGACAUUUUCCUGGCUCUGAGUGCAAGUAAUUUGACUAGCUAGAGAACAUGUGCUAGAGAAUAAAAUUGAUGUAUAUAUUUGCCAGAGUUACAAAAAAGCUGCGGGUACUAUAUUUCUUUAUAUUUUAUUUCUUUAUGCUGGUUGCCACUUGACUCAGUGACGUAAUGUUUUUGAUGAACGUUUUCAAAACUUGAAAUCCGACAGGAGGAAGGUUGAACUCUUUUUGCAACUCUGAUAUUUGCAAUCCCAGUAUCGAAUAAAUGGCGGAUUCACGCACAGAAGAGACUUCGAGAAUGGGCAUAAAUGCAAGGAAUCUAUUCGAGAGUAUUGGAGUUUUAAAACCCGGUGUAACUGCAUUUGGAAUGGGUGCUCCUUCUUUUGAAAUGAUGGCCAAGUUGAAACCAUUGCUAGCUGAAGCAACCAAGCAACGACUUGAAAGUGAAGAAUAUAGUGAUAUGUUUCAGUAUGGUGCAUUGUGUGGAGAUUAUGUAUUUUUGCAAGAACUUGCAAAAUUUCUCUCUAAAAGAUAUCAGGAUCCUGUGAAUAGUCAUGAUAUGGUCUGUACAAGUGGUGCAACAAUUGGCCUCAUGAUGGUGACUCUAAUGAUGUUUCAACCUGGAGAUUAUGUUUUUGUUGAAGAUCCAACAUAUUUUAUUGCUAUAAAGAUGUUUCGUCAAGAUCUUGGCUUGAAUAUUCUUGCUGUUCCAACAGAUGAUGAAGGGGUGAAAAUAGAUGCUCUGGAACAGUUAAUUUUAGAGCACAUGGAUAAACUUGGGGAAACCAGUGAGACACGACCAUAUCGUGCAAUGUUUUACACUGUUCCUGUUUUCAAUAACCCAACGUCAGUGAGUUUGCCACCAGAACGAUGUUCUGCACUGAUCAAAGUGCUAAGAAAAUACAACAUUGUAGCUGUGUGUGAUGAUGUUUACAAUAUAAUAAACUUUGAGUCGAAGCCACCACCCCGUCGUCUGUUUAGUUAUGAUAAAAAAUCAGACAGUGAUUACAAGGGUCACGUGGUGUCAAAUGGAUCGUUUAGUAAAAUAGUCGCUCCUGGAAUGAGAUUAGGUUGGCUCGAGGCUCCGAAAAUUAUCCGGGACAAAAUUAUCUUCAGUCCAACCCUGGCUAGCGGAGGUGGCCUGAAUCAAUACACAUCGGCUAUUAUGGGUACAGCUCUGAAGAACGAAAUUCUAUCUUCGUAUUUCACGGACAUAAUAUCAGAUUUAAAAAGAAAGAUGGAGUUGAUGUGUGAAUCUCUUGAUAAAUAUGCGAAGCCGUAUGUGAAAUACAGAAAACCCACGGGAGGAUAUUUUGUUUGGGUUGAACUGCCAUCCAACUGCGACGCUGAAGCUUUCGCGAAAUAUUGUGAAGAGAAGCACAAAGUCUCUGUGCGUCCAGGACCAAACUUCUCACCCUAUGGCAAUUUCAAAAACUUCAUCCGAUUAUCCUUUGCCUUCCUGACCGAUGAAGAAAUAGAGAAAGGUGUCAGAGAAAUAGGAACAGCACUCACUGAGUAUUGUAGUUAUUAAUGAAACCAAAUGACUUCAAAAUAAAGUUUUACCAAUAAUUCUUUGAUAUGAAUGUAAGUAUACUUCAAAAGACUGCAUGAUUUUUUGAAUCAAUGCACAAUGUCUAAUCAGUUUAUUAAUCUUUUAUGUGUG